UGGAAACAGCCGCGACCUGCAGCUGGACUGAAACAGGAUGACGUCAGCCUGGACGCCACUCUGCAUUAGGCUCCGCCCCUUCCGCCUCCCGUUGGCCCCGCCCCUCGGACGGCGCCUCCACGUCGGCCAGCGCGCCUCCAUCACCAAAGCGUUCUCGGCACGCGACGUGGAGCUGUUCGCCGAGCUAACGGGCGACAGCAACCCGCUCCACGUCGACCCGGCCUACGCCAGCACCACGUCCUUCGAGGCACCCAUCGUCCACGGCGUCCUCAUCAACGGCCUGAUGUCGGCGGUGCUCGGCACCCAGAUGCCCGGCCCCGGCAGCGUCUUCCUGUACCAGGAGAUCCGCUUCCCCGCACCGCUCUUCGUCGGCGAGGAGGUUCUGGCUGAGGCGGAAGUGCGUAAAAUCAAGAUGUCGUUCGCCUUCAUCGCCGUGACGUGCUCCGCCAAGGACAAGGUGGUGAUGGAGGGGGAGGUGAUGGUGAUGAUGCCCGAGAAGCAGGAGUGAUGAAGAUGGUGGCGGUUAAAUCCGGGUCCCUGACAGCAUUUCUGUCAAGUUUAACUUUAUUUAAGUGUUCUGUACGGAGGCCCCUGAGGGACAUGUGGGAAUGUCUUUUUCUUUUGCGUUUCCUCGCAAUAAAUUAGCAAACACAUCCUGGUUGUUCUGUACACAGUCACAGUUUAAUAAGUUAAAUUAAAUGUUCAAAC